AUGAGCAAAGAUCUGGCAUCUGCUCCGUUGGAGGACGACUCCGACCCCACAUAUACCCAUUUCGCUCACCGAGCAGAAUUCCUUGAAUUGCUAGGUCGGUUCUUGAACAUUGAGAUUGCAGGAGAGUCCGGUGUCAAGGAGGAUGAAGAUGAGGAAGGAUUGGUCAACAGUCUGGGAGCGAUACUCGAUCACUAUCUCCCUUUACCUGGAUUAUUGGAUCCCUCUUUAGAUGAGAUUGUACCUCCGCUUAUGGACCUACUGGGCGCGAACCUGCCUACUCUAGUCAACGACGAAGAGAAUGAUAUCAAGAAGACCGUCAAUCCGAACAGGUUGGCAAGACUUGGUAGAUUGCUUAAUUGGAUAGUCAAAGUCAGAGGUUGGAAAGCAGUUGUACCUCAUUUCCCAUCUUCCAUCCCGAACUUACCAAUGCUAGUAACACUUCUAUCCCCUCUUAUGUCCGCAUCAACCUCUACGACUCCAUCGACACCACAUCAUCCAAUAAUAUCUUCAAGUGAAUCAUGGGAAUUGCGAGCAAUCCUACUUCUUUGGUUGGCCUUGCUCCUAACGGUACCAUUCAACUUGACUGCUCUUUCUUCCUCGUCUUCUGCUGUCCCUCCAUCGACAAUGUACGGUAUAGAUCUUCCCUCGUCGCUUAUCCUAUUCUCCACGAAGAUAUCACCCCUAGCUCAACAAGUGAUACUGCUCUCUAUACCUUUACUCAGUCGACCGGGGUUGGAAGGAGCCUAUUCAGCCUUAGUUCUAGCUCGACUAUACUCUCGAGAAGAUACUGUCCAGGGUCUACCAGGAUUUUUAGAGUGGGCUUCGAAAGAGAUCCAAGCGGGAGAAAGAGAAUUGGAAGCACAUUUUAUUUCUUCCCUUUUGGAAUUUAUGGCUUUAUUACCUUCUUUACUUAAACCCAACCACCUACCCGCUCUAGAAGGAUUUAUGGAGGACCACUUAUUGCCCCAUUUACAAGGGUCCAGGACCGCAGCUGGAUCAGGACUAAUACGGAAGUUGGCUAUAAAAGCUAAAGGCAGGUUAUGGUUAGCGAAGAUCAGGAAGAACGGUGAAGAUGAUUCAGAUCUAGAUUUACCGGAUGGUCUGGAAGAAUGGCUAGAUGAUCUCAUGGGCGGUUUAUCUGACAAAGAUACGAUCGUCCGUUAUUCCUCAGCCAAAUACUUAGCUCGACUCUCAUCCCUACUUCCCUUGUCAUUCUCUUCUCAGAUCGUGGAAGCUGUCAUAGACCUCUUCUCCGGUACAGAGGAGGAACCAGUCAUUCUUACUUCCUUCGGAACGGUGAUUGAUCCAGGAGGAUCGUCAAGUACGGGCGGUACGAUGGGAUUUGGAGGAGUGGAGACUACUCGGGGAGAAGCGAGAUGGCAUGGUGUAUGUUUGGCUUUGGCUGAAAUGGCAAGAAGGGGUCUGAUCAAAGAGGAAGAGCAGAUUGGAAGUGCAGUGAAAUGGGUCAUAAAGGCACUAACAUUCGAUCUUCGUCGAGCAUCGCAUUCAAUAGGAGCAAACGUCCGAGACGCAGCGUCUUACCUUCUUUGGUCAUUAUCACGAGCCUGUCCACCGGAUAUGAUCGAAGCCCAUGCAGAAGAUAUGGCUACCAGUUUGAUAUGUGUGGCGCUGUUUGAUAGGGAAGUGGGAGUGAGGAGAGCAGCGAGCGCCGCGUUCCAGGAAGGUGUGGGGAGACUGGGUCUGUAUCCAGAAGGAAUCGAUGUAUUGGGUAAAACGGAUUUUUAUUCUGUCAGCGUGCGAAGAAUGGCUUUUACAAUUGCCGCUCCGGCUGUAGCUAUACAUAAAGUAUAUCGUGAUAAGAUGCGAGAACAUCUCCAUCAUAUCACUCUGAGGCAUUGGGAUACCAACAUGCGGAUACAAGGUGCUCAGGCGUUACACAGCAUUCUGAAACUUGGUGAUGAAGGAGACGUACAAGAUUCACUAGAUCGAGAGAUCAAACAAUUGCCUUCCUUAGACGCAGUCAAUGUUCACGGUGCGUUGUUAGGUCUCACGCAGAUCGCAGAGCCAUUCGAUGAGAACGAUCAGCGGCGACAAACGAUCUUCGACGCGCUCUCGACAAUCCGCCCAGCAUCCUUCGUAUCCUCCCAAGCGGCUGACAUAUUCUCUUCCGUGUGUUCCUUACUCGUCGUGAUACUGAACCAAAGUAUAAUAUCGAGCCCUUCGACUCAAUCAGUAUUGGACAAGCACCUAGAAUUAUCGAUGAAACGUCGAGAAUCGGAAGUACACGAGUCUGUCGCUAGGGUGUAUGGGAAAUUGAGUGAAUUGAGGUCACCAGAAAAGGAUAUCAGCAAGUUGAUAUCGGAUCUGAAGUCGUUUAGAAUCGCCUCCAGACAGGCUGCGUCAUUAGCGCUGGGGCACAUCAAGUACCCUCCAACACCCUCAUCUUUGACGGAUAAAGCGAUCAAAGCCCUAUUGGAGUUGUUGGAUAAGCCCGAGAAGAUCGAUAUCGAAUCGCGCAGAGCGGCAGUCCGAUCUUUAGGUGAUAUAGCUAUACAAAGAGUAGAUGGGGGUAUGAUAGUGACACCUACUCAACUUACUUCGAUCUUACAAAACUUUGUACAGGGUUUGGGGGACUACACCACCGAUCAGAGAGGAGAUGUCGGUUCCUGGGUCAGAGUUCAAUCCCUCACAUCGAUAGGGAAUGCACUUUCCACUCUUGAUCCACAGUUGGAUCUAGUCUCUGAGGAGACAUUCGACGAUCUGAUAGGAGGGAUUAUCAAGCAGGGUGUGGAGAAACUUGAGUCUGUAAGAGGAGAGACGGCCAGGACAUUGGCUAAGCUUAGAGAAGCAGGUUGGGAAUGGGAGGGAAUGGGUGGUAUGAAAGUGGGCCUGCGUCAAUUGGAGAACGACGGUUUCCGAUAUAUAGAUCAAAAAGAAUGGUUCUCCACUUCUAUGCCUAUCCUUCGAACGGAAUAUAGGAAACAGUUGAUAGCGGGCCUGGUCUUGACCGUGGGAAGUCAAGUGAUUACUCUUUCAAAUGCAGCAUUCCAACCUCUUUUAUCGUACUUGACCCAACAUCCCAGCUUGAUAGCCUCAGUGCUAGGAGAUCUACUGGAAUUACUUGAACAGAAUUAUACUUCGAAUAGGAUAUUCAUACCGACUUUACAAACUUUAUGGAAGCUAUAUGAGAAUGGCUUGUUGGAGGUUCUAGGUGAGAAUGGAUAUGACAACGAAGAACAAUUAUGUAACGAUAUCCUAUCGGCUGCAUGUAAAGGAAUUUCAAAUAUCAAAUCCAUAGAGAGGAUAACGACUUGUAUGAGAGUAGUGAUAUCGUGUCUCUCAAAUGCUUUACCUGCCAAUCUGAAGAUGAAAUCUGUAGAGCAUCUAAGUCUGUUUUUAGGUCAUAAAUUCCCUAGAAUACGAGCAAUAACAUCCGAAGAGCUGUAUCUCAAACUUUCUUCUACCUAUGAUGAGCUUCCUGAUGAGUUGGAGGAGAUCUUGACCGGGAUUGAAUGGACAAGCGAGGAGUGUAAAGAUAAGCUUGUAGAGGUGAUAGAGCUGAUGAAAAGUAUGAUGGUAUAA